UAAGUAGAAAGUCGUUACGUUUGUUAGCUAUGAAGCUCCAAUUUUUUUUUAAUUUUACAUUCACAGCUAUAAAUAGAAUAUAUAUGAUAGAUUUCAACAGUUGAUAUUUGAAAGAGAAAGAUUUCGUAAUGCAGAACAAACAGCAACCUACCCCGACUAUGAUUGUAGUAUCGAAUAGACUACCAUUUGUUCUCAAAAGAGAUGAAGACGGGAAUUUAACAAGAAAAGCUUCAGCGGGGGGUCUUGUAACUGCUGUUGCGCCGGUAGUCGUUGAAUGUAAAGGACUGUGGGUUGGUUGGCCUGGUGUUCAUCUUGAGAAUCCUGAUGAGCCUAUUCCCGAAUCAUCCCCGGAUGCGAAAGGUCCAACUGCCGGGUUGAUGGCAAAACAGGUAGUUCCAGUCCAUGUCGAACGAAAUGAUUUGGAAAAAUAUUACAACGGAUGCUGUAAUAGCGCUUUCUGGCCUUUAUUCCAUUCAAUGCCCGACAGAGCCGUUUUUAAUUUUCAGCAUUGGGAAUCUUACUGCAGAGUUAAUCAGACGUUUGCUGAAGAAACAGUUGCAUCCGUCCGUAAACUUCAACUGGGCGAAGGAAAUAAAAGAACUCCUCUGGUCUGGAUUCAUGAUUUCCAUUUGAUGGUUGCAGCUAACACUAUACGGCAAUCGAUGGAGGAUGAUCCCACAUUGAAAUGCAGCCUCGGUUUCUUUCUUCACAUACCCUUCCCACCCUAUGAUAUAUUUCGUAUAUUUCCUUGGGAUGACGAAAUUCUGCAAGGACUUCUUGGUCAUGAUCUCGUCGGAUUUCACAUCGAAUCAUAUGCAUUGAACUUUAUUGACUGUUGCCAACAAAGACUUGGUUGCAGAGUGGACAAAGAUAGAAUGCUCGUUGAGCACGGUGGACGAACGGUCAGAGUACGAGCACUUCCCAUAGGAAUACCAUUUAAUCGUUUUGUGACGCUAGCCAAAGAAUCACAACCAUUUGUGAGACAAAAUCCUGAUCAGAAGCUUGUACUUGGCGUAGAUAGACUUGAUUAUACAAAAGGACUUUUAAAUCGAGUUCGAAGUAUUGAAAGGCUUUUGGAACUGUAUCCCGAGCAUAAAGAAAAAAUCAUAUUCUUACAAGUUGCUGUACCUUCUCGGACUGAUGUGGAGGAAUAUCAGAUUCUCAAAGAAGAACUGGAUCAAGAGGUUGGGAGAAUCAACGGAAGAUUUUCCAAUCCAAAUUGGAGCCCAAUCCGAUAUAUUUAUCGGUCUUUGGGCCAAGAUGAGCUCGCUUCUUAUUAUCGUGCGGCUGAUGUCGCACUUGUAACUCCGCUAAGAGAUGGAAUGAAUCUCGUGGCAAAGGAAUUUGUGGCAUGUCAGACUGAAGAUCCAGGCGUUUUGAUUUUAUCUCCUUUCACCGGAGCGGGAGAGACCAUGUUAGAAUCUCUGCUCGUAAAUCCAUACGAGACAACCGAAAUGGCGAAUGCAAUAAACCGUGCAAUCUCCAUGCCUGAAGAUGAAAGACAAGUUCGAAUGAAUUUAUUGAGGAAACGAGAAAAGCAAAAUGACGUUCAUUACUGGCUUCAGUCAUUUUUGAGAGCAAUGGGAACGGUGAUGACUGGAGAUCAAAAUGAUGAUUUCAAUUCCACGAUUGAACCGUUUAAAGUGGAAGACUUUGAUUUGUGGAUGUCUAGAUAUGUCGACGAUACAAGCAAACUGGCGUUACUUCUCGAUUAUGACGGAACACUUGCCCCUAUAGCAUCUCAUCCAGACUUGGCAUUGAUGCCAACUGAAACAAAAAGGGUUUUGGAAAGACUAUGCAAUAACAGCGAUGUUCAUAUUGCAAUUGUAUCUGGCAGAAAAGUUGAAAAUGUAAAAGAGAUGGUUGGAAUUGACAAGAUUACUUAUGCCGGGAGUCAUGGAUUGGAAAUCAUACAUCCUGAUGGUACAAAAUUUAUUCAUCCAGGACCCCAGCAGUAUGCGGCAAAAAUGGAAGAGCUAAAAACUCGUCUUGUAAAUGAAUUGCAGCGAGACGGUGCUUGGGUCGAGAAUAAAGGAUUUGUUCUGACUUAUCAUGUCCGAAAAGUUCCAAACCAUCUCAGAGAGGAUUUGCUGAAACGGGCUACUCAACUAAUAGUCGAAUAUGGAUUCAAACCUGGAAAUGCUCUGUGUGCUGUUGAAGCAAAACCACCAGUGGUAUGGGACAAAGGACGUGCUUCAAUCCAUAUACUGAGAACGACUUUCGGGGUGGAUUGGAAUGAAAGGGUUCGAGUUAUUUAUGCUGGAGACGAUACUACAGAUGAAGAUGCCAUAGCACAACUUAAAGGUCUUGCCUUCACGUUUCGAGUUACAAGUCAUCACCGCAGAAUCCGAACGGCUGCAAAGAGACGACUUCCCGGCACUGACUCUGUCUUGAUGCUUUUGAAGUGGAUUGAGCGUCACGUUGGAAGAAGGAGCGCUAGACCUACACCAUCUGUAUCGCCCACACUAACGCCAUCGUCCUCGUUUUGCCACUAUGUACCAAGCACAGUCAUUGAAACAAAUACAACAGACUGUUUCGUUCCGGCAAUUGCUAAUAGUGUAAACAUACCGCCACCAAAAGUAGCCAGCAGCGAAACGCCGCUUCCUUCCUCUAUUGUCGCGUUGAACGGAUUAUCAGACUUACUCACGGUGAAGCCAAAGUAUGAAGUCGAUGCAUGUUGACCAAAUUUCCGAAUAAAGCGAAGAUUUCAAAACAACAUUGAAAAUUAUUUUUAACACACUGAAAUAUCAAUGCAAAAUUUGGGAUAAGUUUCCAGCGGGUUCGAAAUGAACGAACAUGAAUAUCAGCCGACUGAAUUGAUUAGGGCAUGUGUAAAUAAACUAUGCCUGCAAUUCAGAUUUUAUA